AUGUUCUCCAAGCUUAGCCUCCUUACCCUUGUAUCCCCACUUGUAUCCGCGCUUACGCUAAACGUUCCAACUGGUGUAACUUCUGGAGGACAUGUUACUAUCACCUGGACCACUGAUAGUAACGACCCUUCGACUUUCACAUUAGAACUCAACAAGGAAGAAUUCAACAAGGCGUUGGCCAUUGCCAACAACGUAGCCACUAGUGCCGGGACUCUCGAUGUGACCCUUCCUCCCGUUCCUAAUGGUGACGGCUACACACUUCAAGCAGUCAAUAUUACCAACAUAAAUGACGUUUUCGCUACCAGCGGAUCCUUCUCAAUAGCGGCUGCACCAUCCUCUUCCAAAGGUGCUUCUGGAACUGGAGCUGGUUCAGCCACUAAAGGCUCCGGGUCUGCUGGCGCGACUGGUACUUCUCCUGCCUCCUCAAACCCUACUGGGUCCGCUGCCGCGACUGGUACUGACUCUGGCUCGGCUGCAAACGCGACCUCAACAAGUCCUUCCGGCUCUUCCGGCGGUAGUGCCUCUGCCUCUGGUACCUCUAGCUCUGCAGGUACGAAUCCAUCCACAUCUGCAGCUCACGCCACUCGCCUUGGUGGUAACCCAGCUGCAUUUGCUGCGGUGCUAGUAUCUGUUGCCGCUGGAGCUGCUAUGAUCGCUCUUUAA